UUUCGACGACAGAACAGCUGAACCGCGUUUACUGCGUUGUAACGCUGCGCGCUCACUGUUGGCUGGCAAUCGUGAGGUCGUCACUCCGUGCGUGGCCCGUUGUUUAGUGCAAUUCGCAUGUUUGAUAAGUGCGCUCCAAAGCUUUUCUAGAUGGGAUGUUAUUAUCUUUCUUGCUGCCCGUCUUCAUCAGCUCCGUUGCAGCACAGAAUGCUCUGUUUUUCUACAUUGACCAACCGAAGCAACUCUCAUACACUUACCAGAUGCAACCUUCUACCAGUAUUGGAGCGCCCUUUCCAAAGUAUUCGUAUAAGAAGGCUUCGCUCGUGUAUGCUCAUCCGGCCCAGGGAUGCCAGCCACUGAAAAACAAGCUAGGCCCAAACGAAGUAGUGCUUUUGGAAAGAGGGGAAUGUUCUUUUGUGGAGAAAGUCAUCAACGCAGAGAAUGCUGGAGCACUGAUCGCGCUAAUCACGGAUUCUUAUGCAGGUACUGACGAAUUUGUUGAUAUGGUUACUGAUUCUACCGAAAGACGAGCGGGAAUUCCUGCUGGUUAUAUUACGGGCGCUAGCGGUAGACGAAUACGGGAUUUUCUUCUGUACUCGGAUGGUGAUAUACGAUUGACUAUUCCUUUGAACCAUACACUUCAUAUGCUACGAGAUAUUCCCAGCAAACCACCUUGGGAAUUGUGGUAGCAGAUUCUCAUAUUAAAUUAUCACUAUAUGUUUUGAAACACACUGCAGCUUUUCACAGCUGCACUGAGCAGUCAUCGGUCGGUACAGCCUGUAUUCUGUCAGUUUAUCUACGAAUCCAUAACCUAAUUUCGCGAGUACAAAGACCCACCUUUUUUUUAUUCUAAACUCGGCCAGCCUCAACACCAGAAACUUUUGCCAUCGGAGGAAAUACCGU